GAAGAAAAGUGGAUAAAAAGCUAAAAGUGAAAACCGUUGAAAUAUCGAAAUUACAAUAUUGAAUGCCAGAAAACAAACAAAAGGGAGCGACACAAAGGAAAAUCAGCAAACGUGCUUGGAGUUUUAAUUAUUUGGUCUCCAGCUGUGACAGAUGAUGGCCUAAAAUGGCGGCUACACCACCAAUGCCGCCCGGAUCAAGUACCCACCAAUUGAAUGGCAAACCCAGCGGCAAGGGCAACCCCCUAACCGAGGCGAUCAAUCAGCACUUUCAGCGGAAGAACCAGAAUCAGAACAACAAUCAGAACCCUAACCCGAACCUCAAUAGUCCCGUCAGCCGCAACGGAAGCAAUGAACAGCUGGAGCUGUUGGAUCAACCAUCGCAUCCACAGCCGCAGCAAGAAGACUCCAGUGGCAAGGGCAAACCGAGCUGUCAUUGCACAAACAUUAGUAUUAUGCACCUGUUCCAUGAGAUGAAGCAAGAGUUCCCAACGAUACCCGAUGCUAUAGUGACGCAAUGUGUCAAUGAGAAUUGUCAUCAGCGCGACAACUGUAUCCAGAUGUUGAGGAAGGAACUAGCCCUGCAUCCCAUCCCAGUGCAAAGUUAUCCGGCCAAGGUGUUGCAGCAACAACAGCAGCAGCAUAAUCAUCAGAACAGGCAGGCCAAACCUCCCACGCCGCUGAAACCAUCGCGGGUAGCACCACCACAUCCGGAAGUGGGGCAGAGCAAUGGAGUGGCUACUCCGCCAGGUGUUGUUAGUAGUCCACUUCCCAUUACGCAACCCAGGCCACGACCCACUACGCUCAAUAUACAGCGCCAGUUUAGCACACAGUUGCAGCAGAAGAUUCAGCAGCGGCAGCAGCGUCAACAGAGAGAUCUCCAUCCGCCCCAGUUGACGCCGACGUCCUUGAGCAAGCCACUGCGCCGAGCACCGCCCCUUCCACCGCUGCCUAAGCCAAAGCCCGGCAGCUUCUCCAACGAUUCCUCCUGUCUCACAAGUCCCAUGAGCUCCAGCGAAUCGGAACUCUCGCUAAAUGCGGCCUCCUUAUCGUCGCCUACGUCGGCAGCGACUACAGCUGCGGGAGCGUCAGCAGCAGCAGCACCAGUAAUCGCACCAGCGCAACAACAACCCUCGCCCGUGCGACAUCGUUCAGUCAUUACGCUUCAGCCAGAACCGCCGUACGCGCGCGACUUCCGCAGCGUUGACUUUCCGCCGACAACGACUACGACGUCAACGCCGCCUCUUCCGUCGCCCAGCUCGGUAGCAUCACCCGGAAUUCCUGGCGGCCGCAAGAGUUUUACCUCGCUCAAUCUAACUCUGCGCCAGCCAACGGGUUCGGCACAAUCGGCCAUCGACAUUACCGCCGGUCCGGCGCCUAGUGGCCAAGGUAGUGGGAUCACCUACUCGAGCGUUAGUUUCGACGCGCGUCGGGGAACGCACAAGAAUUUCCAACUGACGGUGACCGACGAGGGCAGUGUCUUUAGUGCGGGGUGCAUUCACCCGAGAACUUCGUACGCCGCUCCUUGUGAGCCUGUGGUAAGUGUUCCGGCAAAUCAGCAGCCCCCGCCGCCAGCAGCUGCAGUGGUGCUCGACGGACUUGGGGAGGCCGAUAUGGCAUCGGACAUAUUCCCUUAUCCUACGCAGGAGCAGAACCACAUUGUGGCCUCAAACUACAAUAAUAACCAUGCCGCCAAUAACAACAACGGGAUCAGCAGCAGCGUGGACAAUAGUCCCACCAUGCCUCUUUACGAAGGAGUCAUGGAGGAGUGCGAUCGCGAAGUCCAUGCUGCCACAAUUGAGCGACAGAAGCAGCGGCGCGACAAGCUGGCCAAUGCGCUGAGGGACAACAAAAAGCGGCUGCUGGUCCUGGAACAGGAGAUCAACAUCCUAACCGAGCCUGUGCCGGUUGGCGAAUCUGAAAGACUGGAUAGAGAUAUCAUUCAACUGACUAAGGACUGUAACCGGCUGCUUGAAUGCCUAAAUGAACCGCAGGCGAAUGGCUCUGGUACCGCGGCAAAUCAAAUUAACCGCCAGCAACCUUCUCCCGCUAGCAAUGCCCCCCAGCAGCAGCAGCAGCAGCCUCAGCCACAGCCAUUCCCGCGCCACCGUCAAGGUGUUCGCGCCCAGGCGCCGCCCAAUUCGCUGCGUCUACACUCGGUGCCGGCAGCACCCACCACCCAGCCGGUCCUGGACUUUGGCCAGCAUCACAGCAGUGCUCCGACAUCGGCAUGUCUGACGCCCCAGCAGCAAAACCAACAGCAGCAGCAUCCGUUUCAGAUGCAGCACGAACCGCCGCCCACGUACGCCGAGUACUAUCAGUUCCAGCAGUAUCUGCUUCAACAGCGACAACUGCAAGCGCAGCAGCAAAUGUUGCAACACCAAUUGCAGCAGCAGCAGUUACAACAGCAAUUGCAGCAGCAACAGCUGCAACUGCAGCCACAGUUGCAUCAACAGACGCAGCCACAGCAGGAGGAAGAAUUUCUGUCCGACUCUGACGCAGACGAGGAGGAAACGCUGGACUCCUGGGCCUGCAACAUGUGUACAUUCCGCAAUCAUCCGCAACUAAAUAUUUGCGAGGCCUGUGAGAACGUUAGGAUCCAGCCGGGUAUGAUACGCAUUGUUUCCAACGGUGGCGGGGCCGCUACUGCUACUGCCACAUCACCCGGCAGCCUUGACCAGCAACAGCAGCCGCCCCAACAGCCGUACGCCCUGCAUACAUAACACAAAAGCUGCAGCAAACGAUCACAAAGUUAUCUUAACGUGCAUGAGCUCGCUCCGACUGUUGUUCCUGCAUGCUCGACUUUGAAACUGUGAUAGCAUUUAAAUUAGUAGGCGGCAGGUUCUUUAUCUAAUUAAUACACUGCAUGGCUCAACCUGAAAGACAUGAUCGAAAAGAAAAACGAUAGCGAACGGAAACGAAUUGCCUCUGUGCGCGGCAUGUUUAAAUUAUUUUAUUUGAUUUAUAUUAAUUAAAUGCAAUCGCCUCAGCCUCAGGCCGUUUAUUUUAACAGCAACCCCUAACCGUUAAACUAGCUUUAAGCCAACAAAAAACACAGUUUAUUAUUUUUAGCCACCUUAAAAAUAAAUAAAGAACGUUAUUUAAAUA